AUGAUGGAGAAUACUCUAAAAAAUAUCGAAAACAGCUUGUGUGUAACGAGAUAUAGUGGGAACACGUUCAUAAUUAUUACAAUUGUUGAUUUUUGCGCUUCACAGGUAUUCGAAGAAGUGAUAGACGGCUUGGAGGAAUUAAUAGGAACUUACAAAUUGACAAGUAAUCCGAGAGAGUUGAGCACCCACCCGAUAUACAAAUACAAAGUGAAUCAUCUUUCAGUAGUGUUAAAACGCAAGCUCAAUGUAGUCGCGAAGUUCACCCGUAAUUUAAUCACUGACAUUGUUGAUUGCAAAAAUGACGAGAUUAUUAAAAUAAUAUUCAGAUUGGUGAAUGCUUACAAUAGCAUACUCGAUAUUGAUCGCGACGUGUCGAAUUCGUCUGUCAAUGUCUUUUACAAUGACUGCCCGUAUAUGUUGGAGCCGUUGAAAAAAAUCUCCGUGACCAAAAUACUGCAAAUACUCGCAAAAAACAGAGCGGAAGAAUCCUGCCACGAACUCAUCGAUUGUCUUCUGACUAAUUACGAGGCUCAUGAGAAGAUCGAAUCUGCGACGAACGACGUGGAUGUUUCGGAAAAUUCCAGCAUUGAGAUCUACCGCGCUCUUACGAGACACUUAACUCCGCCAAUUGUGAGUGCUACAUCGACGACCGAGAUAAUAACCAACAUCGAGAGCGUGCAAACGCUCGUGAACACGCAGAACGAGCAGAUCCUCAGACUUCUAAAUGUCGUACAGGAAGUCUCCCCGCAACUGCUUGGCGCGGACGCUUUGAAGACUAGCAAAGGCGAGACGAGGUUGAGAGGCAGCGCGAUAAAGAAAGUAAAGAACUACUAUCAGGAAGUCGCGUGGGGAGCCUUGUCUAGUAUUUUAGAUCAUGUAAUACUGUGGUGGUCCCGAGAAGCCCUUGCAACUCAUCACAGUCAAGGAGCGCAACAUCUCAAGGAUUGGUUACGGCAGUUCAUUCAGGGACACGAAAUUCCAUCCACCGUCAGACCGGCGCUACAAAACUUAUGCGACGCGCUCGGAUACCACACGACCAUCACUGUUUGGGACCAGCUGUUUAGAUUAGCCUACACUUCGGUUUUCGAGUGUAGUUCGAGACCGUCGACAACGGAGGGAACCGAUACGGGUCAGAUGUUCAUCGAGUUGUUUCAGCUGUUGGUCACCCUCAGCAACGAAUGUGAAGUAGGUGGCGAGUGGGUGGUAGGAGCGCCAUUGAUAGAACUGCCGUUGUCGGAGCAGAUCGUCGUCUUGCACAGAAUGGACCAUUCGGUACACACCGCGAGGCUGUGGGCCAUCCAAGAAGCUAAGACCAUAGCUCACACUUGGGACCUGGACGUGUUCUUUCUGCUGGUGAAGGGUGACAUAGCGAACUGCCUCGAGGAGUUGUCUUAUCUCAAGCUGGCCGAUCACACAACCGCUCUGGAAUCCACAAAUUCUCUCAGUGUCCAAGUGUACGUGUGCACGAAGAUGAGGGCGAAGAUCGUUUCUGAAGUCAAGGCGAACGUCGAAUUAUUACAGAUUUGUUCCGCUCAGUGCAUCGAUACGCUUGCCAAGAUCUGCCGCGUGGUCAGCCUCGCAAAUCUACACAUGUGCUUCCCACGAUCGAAUUACUGGAGGAGAAGUAGCAGCGUAGCUCCAGCAACGGCUAGUGUUUACGUGGAGGCAUACUUCGAAAAAGUUUUGCUGCCCGUGUUGGAAGUGAUAGAGGAUCACGAGACGUCAAACAUGAUUCUGCGAAUAAUGUGCGAGGCAUGGCUUGACUAUAUUUAUCUGCAUCGCAUUAAAUUCAGUGAGUACGGUGCACUGCAGCUGCUGACGGAUUUCGCGUACGUAUCGACGUGGGUCAACGAAUGCUCGAUCAUAUCGCAAAACGUUAGGAAUCACCUGCUGAAGAAUGAGGUUUUGCGUCGUUGUGAAGGCGUCGGUAGACUACUUCUAAGGCAUCCAGGCGAAGCGAUCGCUAUGCACAAACGUUUAGCUCGUAGAACGAACGAACGGGGAUCGCCGGAAUCUCCAGGUCUGGAGCGCAUGCCAGCUGAAAUGUAUGUUCCGAAUCAAGAACAGUGGCUUGAGUUGCGUGCUCCUAAGCGAUACAACUUUUGCUGUACAGAAUAAAAAAGAAUAA